AUGCCGGCGGUGCCAACUAGCGCAUUGACGGCUUACCAGGCGUUGUUCAUACAAGGGACGUCGGACGCGGCCGCUUUACAGAGUGAUGCAGAUGCGAAGGCGAAGAUUAGUUAUUUGCGCGUGCUUAUCACCACUGCGGCGGGUGGCGUGGCGAGUUGGGCUGUCCAGCUUGCCAGAGUUGCCGGUGCAGGUGCUGUCGUAACCGUAUGCGGAGUUUGUGCGGGCUCUCGGCAACGUUGGGCUAUUGCUGCAGCGCAGUUAAAUGAAGGCGGUAGCUUGAUUAGCAUUUGUAGCAUUUGCGGUCUGAAGGAAUCCGGUCGAUAG